CCUCUCAAAGCUGGCCCUGACCUUCCAAAGCCAGCCCUGAUAUUCAUGAUAUGGAUCCUCUCUUUUCAGGAGAAAUCAGCUGGCUUUUAGGGCUGUGGGUGGUACUAUCUUAACCCAGAAAGCACUCCGGGUCAGCAAGCUAUUUCUGUCAACUAACUGUGCUGUGGGAACCGGUCUGUUCGGUAUCAGCAAAGGGAUUUUCCAACAAAGACGUUUGUUUGGCUCGGAAUGCAAACAGUGCAACCGGUCUGUUGGAGUGCAGCUGUCCCGCCUCCCUUAGCCUGCUUCCUCAUUGGCCAGCCUGCUGGCCUAUCCCCUGUGAGCUGCUCGGGAACCAUAUUGAAGUGGAGGGAAGUAAGCAGAAAGGCUGAGUGUAGCUGAGACAUUUGCAGAGACUUUCUGCACGCUUUGGUGAGGCAGACACAUGGGUGGGCAGAGCCACUUGCUGUGGGUUACUUAGAGGUAGCCACCUGUUUGCUUCAAGAGGGGACAAGAGCAACAGGACCAUAGUUACCUUUCUUCCUGUCAGAUUGGGGUCUCUACAGCUGGCCAAGGAAACACUUGACCAGACAGCCAGUCUUACUCAGUCCUCCGUGGACAGAAGCCAGGAGACAACUCUCGUUCCAUGCCUCCCUGCCACAGGCUCUGUCUUGAUCAAAACAGUGGCAGACCACAAGGACCUAGGACAUUAGCAAGCUCUACUAUCUUGGAGCCUCCACAGCAACAUCUGUUGUACCAGGAGCAGCCCUAACGACCUCCAGCUGCUAAAGGAGCAGUAAAAGCAGCAGGCACAGCAAAUUCUGCAGCAGUAGGGGGCUUCUCUGGGUAUUCUAUUUCAAUAACAUUGCCCCUCCCCUCUUGCCAGCAGCCAUCAACCAAAAACUCUCUGAAACAGGCAGAAAUAGAAUACAGAGCUUUACAUAUUAAGCCUGGCCUAGUGGUGGUCCACCCUGCCCCUCCCAUCACCCAUCAAAGGUCGUAAAAAAAGAAAAUCCUCCAGUCUUACUGCCCCACAGCCUCCUGACUGCUCCAAUAGGAAGACUAUGCGCCAAGAAGGGACCAGUUCUGGACUUCUAACAAUGGCCUCAGCCCUCACACCCCCAGGCCGGGUGCCAGGAGGAUUCCAGGCACCACAGCAGGAUCCAGCUGGGGUGCACUGGGCCCCAGCAGAGAUCCGGCAUCUGCUCACCAUCAUGGAGGAGCCCACCAUCAAGAGGCGUCUGAAAAUGGUUCGUCGCAACACUUCAGUCUAUGAGGAUGUGGCCAGGCGUCUUCAUGAACAUGGGUAUGUCCGACACCCACACCAGUGCCGUACCAAGUUCAAGGCCCUCAAAGUGGCCUACAAGAAGGCCCACAUGGCUGUCCUUCACUCUGGGGCAGCCCCUCAGGGCUGCCCCUUUUAUGAAGAGAUGGGUCGAGUGCUACAGACCAAGGGUAGCACCAGCCCAGACAACUUCAGGGAGCAGACCCAGCCAGGGGAUCUUGACCACCACAACUGGCCAACUGAAAGAAGGGAAGAUGGGCCAGAAGGACACUCUCUACAGCAACUGCAACAGGAGGAGCCAGAACCAGGGAUGGACAUGGAGACAGAGCAUCAGUUUAAGCUGGAAGUGGAAGUGUUAGAGCUGCCCAGUGACCUCAGUCCUGAAAGUCUGACUGGUACUCAGGCUGAAAGGACAACUGAGAUUAGCCCUGCUACCCAAGGGACUGGAGCAGAAGUCCAGAGGAGGCCAGGGUCUCCAGACAGAAACCAGCCUCAGAAGGACACCCGGUCACCAGCCCCAAAGGUUCUAGGUGUGUCUCCAGUGCCCCCUAGAGCACGGGUGGGCCGAGUACGCAGGCUCCAGCCCAGAGCCCGGAACCUUAGGCGCCACCAGCCAGCUACUGCCAUGAUUGCCUCUGAGAUGGCAGAGAACCGGCGCCUGGCCAGCGAAUUGGCCCGAGAAUCAGCUGCCCAGCUGCAGCGCUACCUAGACCAGCACAAUGCCCACAUGGCAGCCCUGGUCCAGGUGGCCCGAGACAGUUACACGCAACGCCAGGAGGUGGUGGCUAUUCUUCAGGACGUUGCUGAUGAUAUCCAUGAGGGAGUGGCCCUCCUAAGGUCAUCUGUAGGCCGCUUGAGCCAGGAAUGAGACCUACAGACCACAGCCUCUGCCAUACCCUACUCUCCCAGAACUUUGGAGAGACUUCUCCAUUGAAACUUGAUUUCCAUUGCUCUUUUCCCUUCAGGAAAUUUUUAAAAAAUAAAUGAAGGAGAAGGGUGGACAACAAGGUGAACAAAAGGCUUCCCUUGCAAUUUUAAUAAAAAGAUCUUGAUGUGAAAGUAGCAGCUAAUGUUUUGGAUUUUUUCUUUGUGUUUCAUUUUGUCUCAACCCAGAAGCAAAGGAUGGACAGACCUCUGGUUCAGGGCUUCUAAUGAUUGUAACCAGGCUUUAGCCAAGAGAGGUCAUGGUGGGAAUCCUGACUUUGCCUUUCAUUAUCCCAAGUCCCAUUGGUUAUCACUUAUCCAUUCAAGAAACAUUUGAGGAUCUACUUUGUACCCAGGCAUGUACUGGGUGCAGAGUAUUCAUUAGUUAUAAAAAUACACAUCAUCACUGCCCUCCUGGAGAUUCAACUUCAGUGAGGAAGACAGUCAUUGACUAAACCCACAAAUCAAUGAUUAGCACUGUAAAGAAAUGAACAGGAAGAGUAACAGUGUGAGAGUAGGCAUUAGAUCUACUUGGUGUGAUUCCGGAAGGCCUCUCUGAUUGUGGCCCAGAUUAGGAACACUGAGGACCUUCCGAAAGUAUCUGUAGGCUUCUCAGAGAAUAUCAUGUUUCUUGAUCCCUUGUCCAAAUGUAUAGUGGCCCUAGAAAUGAGGAUAGUCUCAAAUCCUCAACUAACUCCAUCACAGCCCCUGCUCUGGGCACUGCAGUGAUAAUGCCAACAGUGGUAGUGAGUCUCCUUCUACCAGCAAAAACACUCCAAAGAUAGAACAAGUUCAUCAGCUCCUCAAGCUCCAUGGGGGCAGGCCCUCCACC